AUGUGUGGCGCCGUGUUCUUGGUGACUGCAUCGGUUGGAAGACUUCAAGAGAAACCCUUUGAGAAAAUAGCGGUCGACCUCAACGUCGAAUUGUGGUGCUACGGAAAUAACAUUCCGUUGCGCUUCUGUUGGAGGGAACAUUAUGGCGAGCCCAGCGGAUCACCCUGUCGAGCUCAAUUUGCCAACUGCGACUGAAUCAUCGGCUCCGGCCAAUGCCAUGGAGCAAGAAGAACUGCGGGCUCAGCUGGCCGAGCUCGAGAGAGAGAUGGAUACUUUGAGGGCGGUUCUGCUGUCUAAGCAGGACAAAGCUCAGGAAAUUCGCAGAAAACUCGGGAUCAGUCCACUUAGCGACCUCAAGAGCGAUAUGGAGCAGUCGCUGAGGAAUAUUCAAGAAACCCAAGCCUACCAGAAGACCACUGACGCUGUGAAGGUUGCCGGCGAGAAGACCAACCAAUUAUUUGGGAGCAUCGGGCGUAAACUCGGCGAGAUGAAGAAUACGCCUACGUACCGGUCGAUCGAAGAACGCAUGGGCUCUGCUUACACCAAUGUCCGAUCGAGCAUCUCGUCACGCAGCAGUAGUUUGUACAGCUUCAAUGGCGAUGGCUCUACUGCCCCCACUCCCGCACAAGAAGAGAAGCCCAUCGUUGCUGAGCAACCUCACUGAUGAUAUUCGGGGCGGUGAACAGAACUCUGGAUCUUGUUCGUGGAAAAAGCUCGUUCGUUAUCUGACGGACUGGAAAUCUCACUGAGUCGCAUACGGCCCGGCGGUGACGUGAUGUGGACGAUGGGAACCGAUUUCGAUGUGGCCCGCUCUUCGAAUUUGCCUUCGGAGCAAUUCUUCCCGAUUUCCAUCUCUUCCCUCCGGAUUGCCAUUUUUUUCCGAUUUGAAUGCUUUGGAUCAAUGAAUUCGUCAUCACGUCCCAAAACCCUUUCACACAUUGAAUUUGAGUCAUCGUCGGAGCUUCCGAACAUCCAACCCCGCCCAUAAGAGCACCGAGAGGGAAGGACGAGGCAUUGUUGCCGAGCAGAUUUGACAAAUAGUGAUUCCUGUUUCAUCUCGGUUCUCUGAAGGUGGUCUCAGUACGGCAGCGUUCGACCAGGCAGAUGCGCUGCCCGCGACUCGAGCGUGAAUAUAUUUUCGUAAUUCCAGAAUAAAUUCAAGAAAUGACGAAUA